AGAACUCUCGGAGUCAACACGUGCAAGUUUAUGUAAUGGUUUAACUAGUUAUUUCUCUAGCCACAAAUUGAGCCACAUUGGGGGAUACUAAUGUAUCGCUUCUGUUCGCUAAACCCUGAGUGGUCCGAGCGUAGUUACCCACAACCGCCCACAACCGCCCACAACUUUAGCUUGGAUUUCUUGAAUUUUCUGUGAAUUUUUUUGAUUGAGCCCCGAGCCGAAAACUUUCAACCUCGCGACUUCAAUUCCCAUUCCACCAAACCCAACCCGCCAUUUUCCGCUCUCUUUGCGACUUCGUUCCACCUUCUAGCAACGAAGACAAUCAAACCGCAAUCAUGAGUGCCGCUCUCAACAAGAUCGCGCCCAACAGCCCGUCGCGCCAGAACCCGUCGGAGCUCGAGACCAGCAUCGCUGGCGCUCUCUACGACCUCGAGACCAACACCACCGAUCUCAAGUCUGCUCUCCGACCCCUGCAGUUCGUCUCUGCCCGAGAGAUCGAAGUCGGCCACGGCAAGAAGGCUAUCGUCAUCUUUGUCCCCGUCCCAUCCCUACAGGGCUUCCACCGAGUCCAGCAGCGCCUGACUCGUGAGCUCGAGAAGAAGUUCUCCGACCGCCAUGUCCUGAUCCUCGCCGCGCGCCGCAUCCUCCCCCGCCCCAAGCGCUCCGCCCGCUCGCGCAACACCCUCAAGCAGAAGCGACCCCGCUCGCGAACCCUGACUGCCGUUCACGACGCCAUCCUUACUGACCUCGUCUACCCCGUCGAGAUCGUCGGCAAGCGUCUGCGCACCAAGGAAGACCAGAGCAAGCUCCUCAAGGUCAUCCUCGACGAGAAGGAGCGUGGUGGCGUUGACUACAGACUCGACACCUACGCCGAGGUCUACCGCCGCCUGACGGGCCGAACCGUCACCUUCGAGUUCCCCCCGACCGGCGCCCUUGAGUACUAAGGGUUGAAACGGAUCGGAUCGUUAUGUGGGCUGGUAAAUGGGAAAGAGAGAGAGAGAGUUUGGCAUCGUCUUUUCAUGGAAUGAAUAGCAUGGCAAAAUCCGGUGGGCCAAAAAAUUAACUACAUUACUGGCACGGCGUCUAGAUAGCUUGUGGACUUAAU